AUGGUACUUGUGAUUACUAGGAAGUUAUUUUCAAUAAAUAAAAUAAAAAGCCAUGUUGGUAUUAAUAUAAAUUUAAUGUGUAAGAAAAAUUUUGCAGGGGUGAAAUUUUUAGACGCUAAUAGAACAGCCGAUGAGUCAAUUUAUUUUAAGAAGGAAGAUGAAACACUAUUACGAAAUUUAUUGGAAUCAAACCCCGAUAUUAACCCUGAUUAUAAUUUUAGUAGUAUAGAAAGUGGAAUGAAUGAUUUAUCCCAUGAUUUAUCUCUUGUAUUUUCAAAGUAUGGAAUAAAAGGGCUAGAUUCAGGUGAUGCCAUAAGGGAUAUUAUAAAGGUGUUUGAAUUGAACGGUUAUAGAAAAUCUUUAGAUUCGUAA